CAACAGCCGCGGCCCCGCGGAGCGCCUGUAGCCGCCGCCGGGCCGCAGGCCGGCGAGCCGGAGCGCGCUGGCGGCGGCCGAGGAGAAGGAGGAGGAGGAGGCAGGCGGGAGCCAGCCGCCGGCCGCGCCGCCGCCCCACAAGAGGAUGAAGAAGCGGAAGGAGCUGAACGCCCUCAUCGGCCUGGCCGCCGACGGCCGCAGGAAGAAGCCCGCCAAGAAGGGCUCGGGCCACCGGCUGCUGCGCACCGAGCCGCCCGCCUCCGACUCCGAGUCCAGCUCCGACGAGGACGAGUUCGCGGGGCCGCGGGGCCGCUGCGGAAAGGGAGACUACCUGCGGUGCUGCAGGUUCUGUUACCCUUUAUGUGCGUUCGUCAUUCUUGCUGCUUGUGUGGUCGCGUGUGUUGGCUUAGUCUGGAUGCAGGUGGCUCUCAAGGAAGAUUUGGAUGCAAUAAAGGAUAAGUUUCGAACUAUGGAAUCUAGUCAAAAGAUGUCAUUCCAAGAAAUUCCUAAACUGAAUGAAGAUUUGGUGCAGAACCAAAAGCAGCUAGAACAAAUUGAAACUGGAGAACUAGGGCUGAGUAAAAUUUGGAUAAAUAUCACAGAGAUCAAUAAACAGAUAUCACUAUUGACCUCAACAGUAAAUCAUCUCAAAAACAAUAUAAAAUCUGCUGCUGACCUGAUUUCUCUUCCCCUCACAGUAGAGAAACUUCAGAAGACUGUAGCCAACAUAGGUAGCACUCUUACCAGUGUGGCUCAUGAUGUUGAAAAUAUACAGACAGCUAUUGAGGAAUACAAGAAAUCCAUAGAAAUACUCCAGAAUGAUGUGAAGGAAUUAAAACAGCUUCCUUCACUUUCCUCCACUGUUGUGCCAAGGACUGAGGGAAAUCAGACAGAAUACUGCAAAAAGGAAAGCCAGGCUCUGCAUGCAGCUUUGGAGCAGCUGAAUAAUACUGUAGUGGUGUACCAAAAGUUGAAUGACAUCAAGCUUCUAAAUGUGGAUUCAGCCAUUGGCAACCUCAGCCAGAAAAUUACGCUGUUGGAAAACUCUCCCCUGGUUGUGAAAAAUCUGGACAAAAGAGACAACUCAUCUACCAUCGUGGGGAAUGAUGCAACUACCUCUCUAAAAGUGGAAAAUGAAGAUCAACUUGAUAGUGAAAUUCAGUCAACUAAAGAACUGAAGGAAGCAGGAACUAGAGAUUCUCAGGUUUCAAAACUAAAAGAGACUCUUCAGUUGAUCAAUGCUCUCACAGGCAAGUCAGAAAAUGACAGACCCAUUGAGGCAUCAAGGAAUGUUGAAAGUAGUCAGAGUACUACAGCAAAGCCCACAGACCUUUCAAGGGUGUCUUCAAGGUCAGCUGGUGACAACACAGAGAGAAACGGGCAGCUGAGCCAUCUGUCCUUACCAGGAAUUUCCAGCAUUGAAGAUCUUCAGAAACUGUUUGAAAAAGCACCUGAUGGAAAACUCUCAUACAGAGAUCUUCAAAAGCUGCUUGGCUCCACAGUCCAGGAAUCACAGAGCUUUAAGGAGUUUGACACAGAUGGAGAUGAGAAAUACACUCUAAAAGAACUGAGAUUAGCAUUAGGUGUAUAGAGUAUAUGUUUAGAAAUGUGAUAUGGGUGGAUAUGGUGUUACUUGUAGCUAAAGGAAGCUACAGGACAUGAAAAACUAUAGCUGCACUUUCCCAGUGUUUUACUGAUCUUUGGAACUAAAUUACUGUACACAUUGUCACCUCAUAUUUUCAGUUGCAUUUAUUGAAAAGAAAUUUACAAAUUUAUAUGUCGAUGGGACAUAAUAUUGGGACUAUUAUCCAGAAAAUUCCCAAACUUGGAAACAUUUUCCUCUCAUUAUUUCCUUUUCAAGGGAGUUAUUGGUUAUAAUUUAAAAUGUCUACAUACUAAAAUAAAACUAUGGUUUUAUAUUUCACUGAAAUUUGCCUUAAAUUAGAGAGCUGCACUUUAUGUAGAGCAGAAGGAAAAUCUGUCUUGUGAAGAUGGGCUGCUUCUGCUUGUAAAUAUUUGAGAUAGAGUAAAUUAUGCAUAUUUAAGGAGAAGUUGUGUCAGGGGCUGUGUUGGUAGUAAGCUGUUUAUAAUGAGAGACUGAGCCUGGAAUGGGGGUUUAAGACCUUCAGCUAAAUUUCUGAUUUUAUUAAGUAUAUCCAUGAAUAAAUUUGGCCUCAGUCAGAGGAAAGCAGGAGGGGUAAGUCAUGCCCAUCUAUAGCAGGAUGUAUUUUUAAAGGGAAGAGUUGAAAGUGUUUUUAUAUAUAUCAUGAGCCUACAGGAGCAAUUAACUUGCCAAGUGCUUGGGUUUUCACUUCAGCGUUCUUUAGGCUUUGCUGUGUUGCAUUCAGAUUAUAUUUUGUGAGAUGAGCCUGUCUAUUUAUUUUUUUUAAAUGAACAUAUUUAAUAGCUUUAAUAGAUGCUUAAGAGGUAAAAGCCUUCAGUGCAGCCUGCUGAGCAGCACCUGAGCAGUUCAUGCCUCAGCAGUGCUCUGGUACACUCCAGGAGUGUGAGUGGGUGGGAAGGCCCAGAGAAGGACCUGUGAGCUCUUCCCUAACUAUUGUGACCGUGAUCCCUUCUUGGUACCUUUAUUUUCUGUCUCCUUGCCAACAGAAGGAUGUAAAAAGCUGUGUAGGCAUGUGCAAUGGCAUCAUCGUUCUGUACUGACACAUGUUUUGUGAGUGAGGUUUUCUUACUAGAGGAACUUAAAGCUCUGUUGUUCAUAGUAGUGAAUCUAAACACAGAGUGUAUUUAUUACCUUCUGGAACAUAGAAAAAUUGCUUUUGCAGAGGGGAUUCUCUCACAGGCUAGAUCAGGGCCAAGUUGGGUGAUUUUGCCCACAAAUAUCACUGAUCUUGUUCAGAGUUUUUUUUUUGCAUGAUUAGUGAGUUGAAGUUGCCCACCUCACUGAAACAUCAGCUUAUGAGGAAGUCAGUUCAUAAUUGUUGAUUUUUAUAUAACUUUAGACUGGAUGUUUUAUCAAUAAUUGUAUUUUGGAAGUAUGAAUCAGCACAGGAAUGUACAAAAUGGAGCCCUGUUACCCAUUUCCUAGGCUUCUUUCACUGUUGUUCUUCUAUCCUGUUUGGGUAAUGCAGAUGCCACCCAGUACCAAAAUGCUUUUGAUGUGACAUUUGAAAACACCGUAUUUAAAAACAAAGCAGAACCAACCAACCUUAGCUUUAGAGAGGACAAGAAGCCAACACUUGCUUCUUGCCACUUCCCAUACCCUUUUAUACACUACUGUAUAAUUCCUUAACCAAAUAAAGAAAAAAAGCAAUAAAAUGUAA